CAGUGGAUAACUGGGUUGCAACAUCAAUAACAAUCGGUAUAAUACCGCUGGAUCAUCGGCGUUGCAUGCGUUUAAAUACAGGAAUCCUCCCUGGCUUAUUGAAUGCGAUUGGUAUGCAUUUUCACAGCCCCAGUAGAACACUGCAAAGAGGAAAUUCUGACUCAUUUUCGUGGUUUCGUUAUCUGUGACGAGGGCGUUACAGGAAAGAUGCCAUGUCCAUCGGUGGAUCACCAACCUGAUGUUAACAAUCUCGUUUCUCCCCGCGUCUGCCGGGUCGGUAUGCUGUGAAGCUGGUUGUGAAUACCGGAACUCGAGCCAUGCUUCCCGGGGUCGGCGUGUUUGGCACCAGCUUGACCACGCGGGUGAUUAUCCCGCUUUUGAAGAACGAAGGAUUCGCGGUCAAGGCUCUAUGGGGACGGACUCAGGAGGAAGCCGAGGAGCUGGCCAAAGAAAUGAACGUACCGUUUUAUACCAAUAGAAUCGACGACGUUUUGCUGCAUCAGGAUGUGGAUUUGGUGUGUAUCAACCUACCUCCACCUUUAACGCGGCAGAUUGCUGUCAAAACAUUAGGUAUUGGUAAGAACGUGAUCUGCGACCGCACCGCCACCCCACUUGAUGCCUUCCGCAUGAUGUCGGCCGCCCAGUACUACCCCAAACUACUGAGCAUCAUGGGUAACGUGCUGCGCUUCCUGCCCGCCUUCGUACGGAUGAAGGAGCUAGUGGAGGAGGGCUACGUGGGGGAGCUGCUGGUCUGCGAGGCCCAGGUCCACAGCAGCAGCCUGUUGGGUAAGAAGUACAACUGGAGCUGUGACGACCUGAUGGGCGGUGGGGGGCUGCACUCGGUGGGUACCUACAUCAUCGACCUGCUCACCUUCCUGACGGGCCAGCGGGCGGCCAAAGUGCACGGCUUCCUCAAGACAUUCGUCAAGCAAACGGCGCACAUCUGUGGCAUCCGCCAGAUCACCAGCGAUGACUUCUGCACCUUCCAGAUGGUGCUGGAGGGCGGCGCCUGCUGCACAGUCACGCUCAACUUCAACAUGCCCGGUGACUUCCGCCAGGAGGUGAUCGUGGUAGGCACGGUGGGCCGGCUGACAGUCAGCGGCACGGACCUGUACGGCCAGAAGAACACCAUGGAUGGAGGGCCAGAGCUACUUCUGAAGGACAGCACCCCUCUGGAGAAGGCCUCCCUCCCGGAGAAGGCUUUCAGCGACAUCCCCUCGCCCUACCUGACAGGAACUAUUUGCAUGGUACAGGCGGUGCGGCAGGCCUUCGAGGACCAGGAUGACCGGCGCACAUGGGAUGGAAGGCCGCUGACUAUGGCGGCCACCUUCGAGGACUGCCUGUAUGCACUGUGCGUGGUGGACACCAUUAAGAAGUCCAACCAGUGCGGCGAAUGGCAGAACAUUGAGGUGAUGAAAGAGGAGCCCGAGGUGAGCCCGGCCUACCUGAUCAGCGAGGCCAUGCGGCGCAGCAGGAUGUCACUCUACUGCUAGCACUGGCACCAAAAUGGCCGACUGGUGCUAGAGACUGGGGGUGAGAGAGUGCCCUCAUUGGCUGGCUGUCUGACCAAUAGGGGAUAAGGGUCCUGUUUCGCUUGUCCCCAAAAUGAUGUGAACAGUGAUGAACACUCUAUCUCUUUGUCCUCUUUCCUGGAUGAAUAAGCCUCACACUGUGGGUCUGAGAAAGGGAAGCCGUUUCUAUGGAUGCUAGACUCGGGUCAACAGAGGGGUUUUAUUGUACCUCUAGAGAGGUGAAUGUUUAAACCACAGGGGGCUUGAAUGGUUCAGUCCCUGUCUCAGUGUAUGUGUGCUGUGUAUGAGUGUGAAACCAGAGUGCAAAAAAACGCCUGAAAAAUCUAUAGUUUGGCUGGUAGGGCUUUUAGUAAGGUCCCCCCCUCUGGUAAAGUGUGCAAUAAAUCCUGCCAGAGCUGCAGGCUCGUGGAAUUAUGUCAUCCUGCCUGAAUAAAGGGAAUACCCUUUUUGCCUGCUUCUCGUUUUUGUAGUAACGUCCUUAUGCAAUAGACAGACACACAAUCUGUGGAUGGCGACUCAAUCCCGUGCUAUGCUGUGAGUAAAGCCAAGUGUUUUUUUCUAAUCUCAAGGUCAUUCCCGUUGCCUAGCUAGCCAGCUAGGUUAGCAUUUGCAUGCGCUAAAGCUUCUUACACAAUAGCGAGAACGUAGGGUAAAACAAUCAGUACUAAACCUCUGGGUUAGUGCAUGGAUGGGACAUGAGCAUGCAUCAAGCCUCCAGAUAAACACCCUUUAAGUCUCCCACUAGGAACACUCUGCUUGGCUAAUAGUUUCUGUGAAUAUGUAACUUCGUGCUACUAACUGAAGAACAUGGGUUAAUUCGUUUUUUUUUUUUUUUGGAGAGAAGAGCACUGAUGGUCAUGUACUCAUCACUAUCCACACAGGUUACAGGAGAGAAUGGUAGUAGCACAUAUUGACCUACAAGCCAAAACGUUGGAUUCUUGUAUUUUAUUCAAGCGCUAUCUCAUUGUUUUCCCAGUGUUGAUUAUGCUACGUCACAGUCUGCAUAAGCCUACAUGUCUAUAGUCUUGUAUAAAACAAAAAGUGAAUUGUUUAAAAUGAGUCAUGAUAUAAAUGUACUGUUUUGUAUUUUAUUUGUUUGUUUUUUUAAACUGCGGUGCGAAAAGACUGGAACAUGUUUUGAUGAACACACUGUUCAGUAUAAAAGUAUUCAUUUUGUGUUUUGGACUGAUCCGUACGGGGGGUGUCUAGUUAGUGGGAGACAGGUGAGGUGAGAGAGGCCUUUGAGCGUUCAGCUCCUACGUGCGUUGGUCCUGUCUCUGGGAUCUCUGAAGAAAAUGACUACUGGAAAACGACUAUUUUGGUUGGAGUAUAGAAACCUUUUUGAAACAUGUGGUCCUCAUUUGUAUUCCAUUUUUGAUAGGUGCAGACAUUUUCAAAAAUGUUAUCAACUUCCCUUAGGGCUCAACAAGCACGCUUUGUUAGGGCUCAACAAGCACGCUUUGUUAGGGCUAUUCAACAGUUAUCAUCUGUCCAGUCAGUCACCCAUUGGGCACACACUGGUUGAAUCAACGUUGUUUCCACACGUUGAACCAACAUUGAAUUGACAUCUGUGCCAAGUGGGAUGCCUUCGCCUAUUCAAUGAAACCUGGAACUGUAAAAUUGAUUUACAAUUUUGGUCGAAGUUCUCAGUUCUGGACAUUCCAGGGCCUAUAUUCACAGGGUGUCUCAGAGUACGAGUGCUGAUCUAGGAACAGGUCCUUCCUGUCUUAUUCGUUAUGAUCUGAAAGGUAAAACUGAUCCUAGAUGCAUUGUGAAUACGGGCCUUGGUCUCAUAAAGAGUUGCGGUCUUUAGUGUAAGAAUCCCUGUUACAUGUUGGCCUUUCCGAUCGUCAGUAAGCGAGAAGGAGAGAUUCAACAUCCAAAGAUCAUGUCUUGGUAUUAUGUACUUGACCAUCCUAAUUCUUUAUCCAAUUCUCAGUUAGUCCCCUCUGUUCCUAAGCCGGGUCUAUGGCCUUGUUCCAAACCAUGCACCUCUAAAGCUGCACCCAGAGAGGAAGUCUGUGAGGAUUCCCUUUUGAGGCCUUAUAGGGAGGAUGUGUUAGGACCUAUGGUUUAGUCCCCAGGCUUCCAGUCCAGGAUGGAGCCCGAUAGCUUUACUAGAUGAAAUCAAACCCUAAGUAAACCGUUAAAUUUGACCUUGAAGAUCGCUAACGCGUCACAUUAAACGUGACGUGUUAGCGCUAAAUCAGACAUUUUAUCAAGUAGAAUCAAUGAAGGACAGAAAGGAUCCAAGUAGAGUCCGUUUAGCGGUUUGAUCUGGCACACCGGCGUAUUUAGCCGUAAGCCUACAUCUUGACCAGGUGCUCUAGAUGCCAUUUCCUUCAACAUUUUUAGGCCAGUUGAUGAAAAUUGAGUUUGGGUAUUUAAGUGAUUGAAUAUUUAAUGUUUGAAAUUAGAAAUUAAUGUUGUGGAAGAUUUCAUGCAUUUGGUGUUCGCUGACUAAUUUGUACAUUUUAAUUUAAUGUCUUCAUGCCAUUUAUUAUUUUUCUUUUUUGCUUUUUAUAAAAGUGGACAUUUCAGGUCACAGCCAAUGUUGGUUAAGUUCUAUGAUAAAAUGGACAACUGCUGUACCACCUUCAAACUGUAACAACUGAGAUUUUAAUAUUAUAGUGUGUGUGUCUAUACCUGAAGGUGUUACCCUUAGAGCACUGUAGAUGCUCCUUUGACUGUACGCACCCUUCUCUGCGGGACUGUGGUAUGAAAAAAAAAAAAUCGUCAUAUUGCCAAUUCCUUAUUGUCAUUGCCUGUGGCUUUUUAGGGUGCAUCCUCUUGGCUUAACAAGACAUGGAAAAAGAAAAACUGUGAACAUGGGGGGGUAGAUGUUACAGUUCAAUAGGUUAAGUUUGUUUGUUCUGCUUCGUUUGCUGAAAUGUGAAUAUUUUAGAUCUUCUCCGUGCUGUGCCAACAUUUACAAACAACUUAAGGAGAUUGGGGGUUCCUGAUUUAAUAUAGAUAGUAGUCUAGCUCAGUGGGAUUUAGAUUAGAUAGAUUUUGGGAAACAAAGACUUUAAAAUGUGGUUAGGAUACAUUAUCCCCCCUCCCUCCCUGCGGUACCCUAAGGGGGGGUCACUCUGUUCAUAAUGAGAAACAACCGCAAAGCUGGUUCUUGUGCACCCUCAGUUCGUCACCUAGCAACGGUGGCAGCCACUGUGCCAACACUCGGCCAUCUUGGAUUUCUUUCCACUUUCUCUCAUUCUCUCUUGUUUUCUGUUUCUGUCUCUCAUUCUCUCUUACCCCCACUCUCUCCCUCCUCGUUCUCUCUCUCCUGCUCGCUCUCAGCCUGAAGGACAAAUUGACUUGGUGCUUCUGCAGACCCCCUGAUAGCUUGUUCAUUAAGCUUACCGUUCACUCACAAUUUAUUUUAUAUUUUUGCCUUUUUAAACAUGAUAUUGAUAGAUUUCCCCCACAUUCUUUUUACCAUACAGUGGCCCCUUUUCAUUAUGGCACAGACAAAGCAACCACCGGUCAAGGAAGCUUACAUUGAGCCUGCUUAUUUUAAUGAAAAUAUAAUGAUUGUUGAUUUAUUAUGAUAAUGGUAAUUUUAUAUUUUAAGUCCAAUGUCAAUGAUGUCAGUAGACUAGAGUCAGAAUAGCUGUUUGUUGGGUGACUGUUUACCCUUCACACUGGGGAACCUUACUACUUGUCCUAGUGUCUGUUUCCUUGACUACGGGCCGGAGUGGCAGUUAUUUGGCCCAAUAGUCCCAGACUCCCGGCACCUUCUUUUUCCUGGCUCAGGUCAGAGGUGGUGACUGCUGAAAAGGGCCACACACUUACACA